AUGUGAAACGAUGCUUGCUUCUAAUACGACCAAAAUUUCAGCCAUUAAGAGUAAAAGGAGUGAAAUUUCGUUGAAAUAUUUGCGUCAGGUGUUAUUUUCAUUUUUCGUUUUUAACCUUUUGGAGUUCUUUUCCAGCGGCGUGGUAUUGUGGAUCACAGAAUGCCCCCCUGUUUAAGCAAAACCUUUUCUUGUUAACUGCGGAAUCGAUUCUCGCCCAACUGAUAACAGAGGGAAUAUAGAUGCCCUUUUAGAGUGACUUUCCAAUAUGCGAGGACAUUCUCCAAAAGCAACCAAACUUUCCCAGAUAAUUCCUCAUCCAAAUCUCAGGCUACAGUAUGGAUUUCUUUGAAAACCGGCCAAUCGUUUGUGAUAAUGGAUCAGGUUCUGUCAAGGCUGGUUUUGGUGGUGAUGAUGCUCCAAGUGUGCUUUUUCCGAGCAUAACAGGUCGUCCACGAAACAGACAUGCCAUGGUUGGCUUUGGACAGAAAGACAUCUACUUCGGAGAUGAAGCACAAGCAAGGAGAGGAAUCCUCAGAUUGAGUUACCCUAUUGAUCAUGGGAUAGUGAGAGACUGGGAAGCUAUGGAGAGACUCUGGGAGCACACAUUUGAUACGGAGCUCAGAGUUACCAUUGAAGAACACCCUGUUCUCUUAACUGAGGCUCCAUUAAAUCCCAGAAUUAACAGAGAAAAAAUGGUAGAAAUCAUGUUCGAAGCUUUUGAUGUCCCAGCAACGUACAUAGCUAUUCAAGCAGUCCUAUCCCUCUAUGCCAGUGGCCGAACCACAGGAGUUGUGAUGGACUCUGGUGAAGGAGUCACCCAUGUAGUCCCCAUCUAUGAGGGCUAUGCACUCCCUCACGCUAUCAAUCGGCUUGAUCUAGCAGGCAAGGACCUGACAGACUACCUCACCAAGAUCCUGACUCAAGAGGGCUACGUCUUCACAACAUCAGCGGAAAAAGAAAUCGUUAGGGACAUAAAAGAACGACUUUCAUUUGUAGCAAUGGAUUUCAAUAAAGAACUUGUCACAUCAAGGGAAAGCUCAGAGCUUGACAGGCAAUAUGAAUUGCCAGAUGGGCAAGUCAUAACUAUUGGAGCUAGCAGGUUUAAGUGCCCCGAAGUUCUGUUUGAUCCAAGCAGGGUGGGAAUGGAGUCAGGUGGUCUCCAUGAGAUUUUGGUGAGAUCAAUCAGGAGGAGUGACAUGGAUGUUAGAAGAGAGAUGUUUGGAAAUGUUGUGCUCAGCGGGGGUACCACUUUGAUGCCAGGCCUGGCUGAUAGGUUGGCCAAAGAGGUGAGCUCAUUGGCUCCUCCCGGGGUGAGGGUCAGGGUGAUUGCACCGCCAGAGAGAAAGUAUAGCGUUUGGAUUGGUGGGUCCAUUUUGGCUUCUCUAAGCACCUUUGAACGGAUGUGGAUCACUCAGGAAGAUUACAUGGAGUCUGGCUCUUCUAUUGUUCACAUGAAAUGUUUCUGAACAACAGCAUUACAUCGCGUUCUAAUUUUCUUUCCUUUGUACAUUAGCAUGUAAAGAAAAUCACAGAUGUAUACAAAGGGCAAACUCCAACCUUGAUAGGCCCUCUUUGAUA